AUGGAUAACUUGAGUUUUUUCAGCGGCCUGAACUAUUCCAAUUUCACUGGGAAUUUGACCAGUGGCUACACUCUGGCCACUGUCGUAGGACUCGCCGGUUUGGUAAGCUUCCUCAUUUUGUUUACUAUAGUUGGAAAUGUUCUCGUGGUGAUCGCGGUGCUGACAAGCAGAGCUCUCAAGCCACCCCAGAAUCUUUUCCUGGUGUCUUUGGCCACUGCAGACAUCCUCGUGGCCACCCUCAUCAUCCCUUUCUCUCUGGCAAACGAACUAAUGGGUUACUGGUUCUUCGGGCAAGUCUGGUGUGAUAUCUAUCUCGCACUGGACGUCCUCUUCUGUACGUCCUCCAUCGUUCACCUGUGUGCCAUCAGCUUAGACAGGUACUGGUCAGUAACGCAGGCAGUGGAAUACAACCUGAAGCGCACGCCACGCCGAGUGAAGGCAAUGAUCGUAGUGGUGUGGCUGAUCUCGGCUGUGAUCUCCUUCCCGCCACUCAUCUCCAUGGACCGGAGUAGUGAAGGCAGUGAGCGUGAGCCACAGUGUCAGCUUAAUGACCACACGUGGUACAUCUUGUACUCCAGUAUUGGCUCCUUCUUCGCACCGUGUCUCAUCAUGAUCCUUGUCUAUGUGCGCAUCUACCAGGUGGCCAAAACGCGCACUCGGAGCAUGUCAGAGAAGCGUCAUGAGCCGGAGGAGGCACCACGCCUUGAAAACAGUCUGAGCCGAGACGACUCUGGGCGGCAGAACGGUCACUGUGCAUCUCCACCUCAGCCUGUUAAUAAAAAACCUCCUGACGAUGAACCUGACGCGGAACUAGAUGACAGCAGCUCCUCAGACGAGAAGGCCAAGCGGCCACGCCGUGAGUCAGGAGCAGGCCGAAGAGAACGGCGGACCAGCCGUAAGAACAGCUCCAGCUCCAAGCACUCAAGCCGCAAGUCCCGUGCAAGCAGCAAGUCCCUGGACCUGUUCUCCUCCCGCAGGAAGAGAAGGAGCACCAUGUCCAGGAAGAAGAUCUCACAAGCCCGUGAGAAGCGCUUCACCUUUGUCCUGGCUGUAGUCAUGGGUGUGUUUGUGGUCUGCUGGUUCCCAUUUUUCUUCAGCUACAGUCUGUAUGGAAUCUGCCGGAAGCCGUGCGAGAUCCCUGACCCUCUCUUCAAGUUCUUCUUCUGGAUUGGCUACUGCAACAGCUCCCUCAACCCUGUUAUCUACACUAUCUUUAACCAGGAUUUCCGCAGAGCUUUCCAGAAGAUUCUGUGCAAAUCCUUGAAGAGAUCUUUUUAG